UGAAAAGCAAAUGCCUUAGGUCAGCUCUGUCUCCCUGACUGAAGGGAAAGAAAUGAAGGAGACGCAUUGAAGGAAAGUUAAUGUUUCCAAUCAGAAGAGGAACAUUCUACCUCCCUCUGGUGAAAGAAUUCAGAGACAAGAUAUGGAGGUCAAGAAAGCAAAGGGAAGAUUUAUUAAGUGACAGUACUUUCUCAAGAGGAGAACAAGCAGACUCUGAAAGUGAUGGAUUCCCAGUCUCUGAAGGUCUUGGAACAUGGACCAAGGAUUCUCCAGCAAACAGGUAGACUGAUUUCAUCAGUGAACCAUCACAAGGCUGCCCUACCUUCACUCUCCCGCUGCCUGAGACUUGAAGACAUUCUGCAGUGCUUUUGCAAAUCUGGACCAACCUUCAUCCUCUGGGUAUUGCUCAUGCAAGCAGUGACUUCUGGGAAUCCACUUCUUCCCAGGACUCCCAGUGGAUGAUGGCCACCGCCUCAAAAUGAGGUAUCUCUAAUUCUAGAGUGGAAUUAAGAGGAUCCAGAUGGGUUGCCACUUAUAACUGGUCUAAAUUACAGCCCCACAGCAAAGAUGUGCAAGGAAUAGUAUGAAAAAUGUUUUUAUAACUUCACUUAAUUUGUAUUUUAAGCCUGAUCCUGCUGGUGUCCUGUUUGGAUUUCCACCCAUCCCUAUUUGGAAGUCAUACCGGGCCAGGGUUUUGAGGGUGGAGGUGAGAGCAUUGUCAGUGUCCAUUGGAGCCCACAGUAGUAGUGGAGAUGCCCAUCAGCUCGGGUGCCAUGCCUCCUUCGGUUUGGUGGCACCUGUACCACACGUGGGGUGGGUUGCCAUGAUUCUGCUGGUGUGCACCACACAGCCAUCUCCUUUUAGAGUUUUUGCCAUGUCUACCCCUCCAGCCACAAUUCAGAGGCUCCUUCUCCAGGAUCUCUCUGACUUAAUCAGUACGUCUCGACACUGGAAUGGGAAAACAAAACAGUACCUAUUUGCAAAAACCUGCUUCUGUUAUGUUUCUGCUCAAAUAUCCUCUCUUUUCCUUGGAGUAUGGGAGUUUAGAAAGAAAAGCUAAGAUUAUCAGCAUGCUAUUGCUGCUACACCCUGCUGUGUCCUUUCACUGGCCAAUGAACAGGGUCUGCUACCCACCUCAAUGUAGAAGAAAGAGUGAAAUGAAGGGAGAAAAGAGAAAAAAGUAAACAGGGACAGAUUACCAUCUCAAAAUACCCUGCCACAUUUGAAAGACAUGAGAGUUGAAUUCACAGGAGAGGUUCUGCGGGAAAGAAGGAAUUUCUCUUGAAAAUGGGAUCUUCACAGUUGCAAAGACUGUGUCGGACCUAGCGCAAGAAUGCUCUGACGUCAUCACUGAGGUCAGAGAAUCCUGCUGUGGGCCUGGCGACCUUUGAACCUUAACAGCCCUGCACUGUAGUGAGCACUGAGCGGUCCUGCUGGUUCACUAAGUGGUCGGAGUCUUCAGCCAUCUAGGAGACUGGACUAUUUUUAUUGGUAUCAAAUCAUUCCGACGGAUCUCCUGAGAACCACGAAGGGCCAUCUUGUGGGGAAGAGGAGGAGCUGGACGUGAGGCAUCUUCUUAGGGACUUUUCUCGUUGGUGCUAUGAAACAGCGACAGAAGAGGAAACAUCUGGAAAAUGAAGAGUCCCAGGAGACUGCCCAGAAGGGAGGCGGAAUCUCCAAGUCACAAGUUGAUGCCCCUCAGCUUGGAUCCCCUGCGGUGGCCCAAGGAUGUGGCCCAGGAGUAGGAAAGAUCUCCUCAUCCUCCGAAUACUUCUCUUGUGUUUCUUCUCCAUGCAAGCUCACCCAUGGCAGAAUCCGGAGAUCACAUGGAGACAGUCGCCAGCCUAGAGUGCCCCUAGCACAGGUUCAGGAACAUGGGGAGACUGUUCUCCCCUUAGAGCACGUCUCAUCCCCUUCAUCCUAUAAGACCUGUGUGUCCUCUCUGUAUAGAAACAAAGAGGAACAGGGCAUGAAAAUAUACUACAUGCAGGUACAAAUGAGAAAGGGGGUAGCUGUCUCCUGGGAGACAGAGAAACCCUCGGAGACCCUGGAAAAGCAGCCGAAGAUGGAAGAAGUGAACCUUGCUGAAGGAGUGUGGGUAGGUACCCCCCCCUCUGAUGUGUCCACCAGAAACCUCCUGUCUGACAGCGAGCCCAGUGGGGAGGAGAAGGAGCAUGAGGAAAGGGCAGAGUCAGACAGCCCACUAGGGUCACCUGCAGUCGAGGAGAGACCCAGGGCCAAGACCCCUGACUGGCUGGUGACCAUGGAGAUUGGCUUCAGGUGCAUGGCCUGCUGCCGGGUCUUCUCCACCUUGGAGCUCCUCCAGGAGCACGUGCAGUAUGGCAUCCGGGAAGGCUUCAGCUGCUACGUCUUUCAUCUCACCAUGGCUCAGCUGACAGGUAGCGUGGAAUCAGAGAUCAUCCCCAAGGAGGAGGUGGUGGAGGAGGAGAAGGAGGAAGAGGAGGAGGAAGAGAAGCAAGAAGAAAAGGCGAAUGAGGAGGAGCAGCCCACAGGGGAAGACCUCAGCAAGAGGAGACCCUGGAGCCAAUGUCCAGGCUGUGUGUUUCAUUCUCCGAAGGACAGGAGCAACUGAGUCAUGGGCUGACGAUCCUGGAAGGUGGUGUGGACUUCUCUUAGAAGAGGGAGAAGAAAGGACCCUGGGGAUAGGAGCAGACAGAAUGCCAGUGGUCUUGAGGAGGAUGAAGGGACCAGCACUCAGUCUAACAUCAUUUGACAAUAUGAACAUCAUAAGGAAUAAAGAGUGUUUUCUAAACCUUUCCUAGAUAUAUUAUUUAAUUAAAUUUUUCUGUCUGUCUGUCUGUCUAUCUUAUCUAUCUAUCUGCCUUCCUGCCUACCUACCUACCUAUCCAUCCAUCUAUCUAUAUAUGUCAUCUCUAUCUAAGUCUCUAGUGGUUUUUAAACAAGGUUUCACGUAAACACCAAGGUUAUUCACCAGCCUUUUCCAGAAGAAUCAGUAUCUGAGCUCCUAGGAUCUGCAUGACUAUUUUUCCAAGGCGGGAUACUAUAUUUCACAUGAGACCAUAACAGACUACCCUGAGUUCAGGUAAAGGAACUGUGAAGGAGCAGGUGAUGUGGAAACCAUGUGCAAUGGGUCAUGACUGAAAGCCCUGUGAAGGGUAACUUCAGAGGCUAAGGGGUGGUGUGUGUGUCUCUUUAGGUCUGGCUUGGAAGAGGGACUGUCACAGUUUCACAGGGGAACACCAGGACAGGGGAGGAGUUUCUCAGUCUUGAAGCUGUAUGUGGAGCAGUUUCCUCCUGAGAUGGUUAUAGUGUUUGCAAAGAGCCCAUCUGACUUCAAUCAGGAAUUGGAGAAGAAAUUUCUAUAUUAGGAAUGUGAGCCAGGGAGCUCUGAUAGUUACAGUUCUGUUUUACUUCACUUUCUAAUAAAAUUCUUAUUCUAGCCUCUCAAGGUUUUGACCCCAUCAUCUGAACUUCAUCCUUACAUCACUGCUACCACCACUGGAACUAAAGACAUCUGGGUGGCACUGAAGACUGAUCUGGAUGUAUGAGGUUGUCCAUGGUCUUUUAAGGUAAGGGAGGAAUAAUGUGUCUUCCUAAUCUGAAUGGGGGCCACAAUCAGGUUUUGGUAGGACUGAUGGAAUUGGAAG